AUGGAGAAGGACGGAGAUCCGUCCGGAGGUUGGCGCUUCGCCCAAUGCUUCGGCGACAAGGGCGAGGUCGAGGAGAUCACCGAAGCCGACAUCAUUUCAACGGUCGAGUUCGAUCACACCGGCGACUACCUGGCUACAGGUGACAAGGGUGGUCGCGUCGUCCUCUUCGAGCGCAAUGACUCUAAAAAGGGCUGCGAGUACAAGUUUCACACCGAGUUCCAGUCGCACGAGCCAGAGUUUGACUACCUCAAGUCGCUCGAAAUUGAAGAGAAGAUCAACAAGAUCAAGUGGUGCAGAAGACAGAAUGCAGCUCACUUUUUGCUCAGUACAAAUGACAAGACAAUCAAGCUUUGGAAGGUGUUUGAAAAGACACUCAAGCUCGUAGCUGAGAACAAUCACAAUGACAUGGGCUAUGGCCAGACGCGCGACCCAGAUGUGCACCCAUCCUUGCUUCCCGUCCCGACACCAGUGCCCGGAAGCGGUGUUGGGCUUCGUCUGCCUCGCCUCACACCUGUCGACACCAUCAUCGCCGCCGUGCCACGCAAGAUCUAUGCGAACGCGCAUGCCUACCACAUCAACUCGAUCUCUGUCAAUUCGGAUGGCGAGACGUACAUCAGUGCCGACGAUCUUCGCAUCAACCUAUGGAACCUCAACAUCAGUGAUCAGAGCUUCAACAUCGUCGACAUCAAGCCGGUCAACAUGGAAGAGUUGACAGAAGUCAUCACUGCAGCCGAGUUCCACCCGAUCCACUGCAACCAGUUUGUCUACUCGAGCUCCAAGGGGACCAUCAAGCUGGCCGAUAUGCGAGACUCGGCGCUCUGCGAUGCGCACGCCAAGCAGUUUGAGGAGGAAGAGGACCCGUCCACCAAGUCGUUCUUCAGCGAAAUCAUCAGCAGCAUAUCCGACGUCAAGUUCUCGCGAGAUGGGCGCUACAUUCUCUCGCGAGACUACCUCACCCUGAAGAUUUGGGAUGUCAACAUGGAGAACAAGCCAGUCAAGACCAUCCCCAUUCACGACCACCUGCGCUCCAAGCUCUGCGACCUGUACGAGAACGACUGCAUUUUCGACAAGUUUGAGGCGCUCUGGGGUCCCGAUGGCAAGAAGGUGCUGACGGGAAGCUACAACAACUACUUCCACAUCUUUGACAAGGACGACAGCUCGGACGUGGUGCUGCAAGCGGAUAAGUCGGCGUUCAAGGCCAAGCGCAUGGCGGGUGCGGGCAAGAAGGGCAACAAAGGCGGCAACAGCACGCUGGGCACUCCGGGCCAGAUCAACCUGGACAACCCGGAUUUCAACAAGAAGAUUCUGCACGCAAGCUACCAUCCGAGGGAGAACACCAUCGCGAUCGCAGCCACGAAUAAUCUCUUCAUCUUUUCGGCGAACAACCCAGCGGGCAUCCCCAUGGCGUGA